CUGGAGAGAAAUUUGCAAUGCACCAUUUAUGUUCCAUUUUCGACAUUGAUAAACAGGCCUUCCCUAUAGUAGGAUCCGUAGCAUAUACGUACGUAUGAACAGUAACCGGAAGUGAGUGAUACUAGCGGUGGCUACUAGGAAAACAUUGGUGAGCUGUGCACUUUAUGUUGGUCAUCACAAGGAUUUACAGUGGUUAAAUAAAAACAUCCACACUCCACAAAGUGUGACCGAAACAUCUGUUACAACCGAGGUGCAGACAGCGAUAAAAAACGGGUGAAUGAGUGAGGCUGACUUCUUACCCUCUGCUGAAAUGGCAGAGAUAAACCGCAUCCAUUAUGAACUCGAAUAUACAGAGGGCAUCAGUCAAAAGAUGCGGAUUCCAGAGAGGCUCAAAAUUGGCCCUAGCUUAUCAGAGGAGUCACCUGGCUCUUUUAUGGAGGGAUCCGACAGUACAAUGAUGCAUGUGCCAGAGCGGAUUGUAGUUGCAGGAGAUAGCAAUGAUGCUCGCUUCAACAGACCUAGAGAUCUGGAUCUGAUUCAGUCCACGCCUUUAGAGACAGUCGAACUGAAAACUCCACCACGGGUUCUGACCCUCAGUGAUCAACCCCUGGACUUCCUAGAGCCGGAACCAGCAGCCAACUGCAUUGCCCAACCAAGAGAAGAGAUGCAGUCUCACUUCAGGUCAAGAAGAGAACGCUGUAGAAGUGAGAACUUAAUGAUGCGCCACAGUGGGCAACUUAACAAACACGAUUUUGCAAGCCCAUCACCGUCUCGUGGUCCUGUUCGUGCCUGUCCUCCUCUUAUCAGCCCUGAGGACAGUCAGAACUUUAACAGUGCCAGUGGACUUCUCACCUACGUCAAGAACACAACUCGCAGGGCCUAUCAACAAGUCCUGGAGGUGCUGGACGACAGUCACCGCAGUCGGACAGCUCUUAUACAUUUUGAUGCUAAUCUUGAGAACAUUCCUGAAGAUGCCGUCUCAACAGAUGCUGCAUCACUGCGACGACAGAUCAUAAAGCUGAACAGAAGACUUCAGCUACUGGAGCUCGAGAAUAAAGAGCGCGCCAAGCGUGAAAUGGUCAUGUACUCUCUCACUGUUGCAUUCUGGGUAGUCAACACCUGGAUCUGGCUGCGACGCUAGAAUGCUCAUAUACAAUACACAAAUGCUCAAAUUGUAUUAAAUGCUCAGAUACAGUUCAGCUAAGAUUUUUGGUAUUUUGCACUUUUUUGUUAGCUCCUGUGUAAGUGAAACAAAUUAUAAAGCUACACAUUUUCAGUUGCACUUGCAAUAAUUGAAAGUUUAAGAGAAGUACUAUGCUCAGAUGUAGUUAUUGUUGUUGCAUUACCAAUCCUUAUGCUGUUUUUGUAAAUGUUUUAAUAUAUGAUGAUAGUAUUGUUCAGCGCAGUGUGUAGAUGUAUAGAUGUAAAUGAUCUGUCAUUGCAUUAGCCAUUUCAUUUUUUGUUAAUACCUGGAUGUUGAUACUUAUUUUCAGUUCAAAUUUGAUAAUUAUUAUUCAUUAUUAUUUAUUAUGAAACAAUAUUGGGUAUAACCAAAAAUAAAAAGUAAAUGUAUAU